CUAUUCCUCCCACUGACCAAUGAUGGGGCACUAUUCCUCCCACUGACACUAAUGAUGGGACACUAUUCCUCACACACUGACACUAAUGAUGGGGCACCAUCAUUGGUGUCAGUGGGAGGAAUAGUGUCCCAUCAUUAGUAUCAGUGGGAGGAAUAGCGCCCCAUCAUUGGUAUCAGUGGGAGGAAUAUGCGAGGAGUAGUGCCUCAUCAUUGGUAUCAGUGGGAGGAAUCAUGCCCCAUCAUUGGUGUCAGUGGGAGGAAUAGCACCCCAUCAUUGGAAUACCAUACUGAAAUAGCAUACCAUAUUGAAAUCAAAUCUGAU